GUCUAUCUUAUCAUUGCUACCCGUAGCUUACGAGCUUUAAAAUCAAUACAUCUGCACAAAGGGGGUAGUACAUCCCUGGCAUGCUAGGGCAUACGUUGCUUUCACUCCCGACAAAGUCGGAGAGCCGGCCCUCCACAAAGCUGAUUCGAGAGGAGCCGGGGGCCGAGGUCUCAUGCAUCACCCCGGAAUGCCGGGGAUUACUAUAUAUUAGCUUUAGACCCCCAGAGCACUUCCUUACACGGGAAGGCAGGAGACGCGUCACCUGCUCUAAGCCUCUCAUUUAACUUAGCAGAAGCCCGAUUUUCUUCUAGGUCUUUAUCUAUAUCUUCUGUCGCGAGCGAAGACACCAUGGCAAGCAAUACUACUAACACAUCCGCUUCCUCACACCAAGUGGUUGAGAAUUCCUACUUCAGCUCCAACCCACCUCCCAAAGCGUUGCCACAACACGUCGCCGCUGCAGAAUCAUUCAUAAAUCAACAUGCGACAGCGAACAGGCGUGUUGUCCUCGUCACCUCCGGUGGAACUACCGUACCGUUGGAAAAGCAAACCGUGCGCUUCAUUGACAACUUUAGUGCUGGUACACGUGGCGCAACUUCUGCAGAAUACUUCCUCGAAUCUGGGUAUGCGGUGAUCUUUCUACAUCGGCAAUUCAGUCUUUUGCCUUAUAGUCGGCAUUAUAGCCACUCAACGGACUGCUUUCUGGAUUUCUUACAUGAGAAUCCCGAUGGAAGCGUUGUUGCGAACCCGGCACACCAGGACAAGAUGCUUCGCGUGUUGCGCAAAUAUACCAAUGCUAAGCGACAGAAUCUCUUGCUCAUGCUGCCGUUCGUCACAAUUACCGACUACCUCCACGAGUUGCGAGCUGUAGCACAGCUCAUGCGCCCUCUGGGGCCUAACGGCUUGCUAUACCUUGCCGCUGCAGUGAGCGAUUUCUUCGUACCACCGGAGCGCAUGUCAGAGCACAAGAUUCAGAGCACGGAUGCGACGGAUUCAUUGAAGAAACAAGGACCAACGACCAUCACUAAAGAGCCGCGAGAAACCCCACAGCAAGAGGAGGAGGCGUUCGACAAUUUUGAUUCGUCGCCUGCUAUACCGCGGAGCAAACGUCUUAUCGUCGAUCUAGAUCCUGUGCCCAAGUUUCUCAAGAACCUCGUAGAUGGUUGGGCACCCGAAGGCAUGAUUGUAUCGUUCAAGUUAGAGACGGAUCCGGCAAUCCUCGUCCACAAGGCCAAGUACUCGCUCGAGCGGUACCAGCAUCAUCUUGUCAUCGGGAACUUAUUAUCAACACGCAAGUGGGAGGUCGUUUUCGUGACACCUGGUCACCAGGACAAGUGGAUCCGCGUGCCCAUCAGCCGUCGCAAGAAGACCCUAAGCGGCGCCGACGAGUUGAUUGGCGCAGCGGACCAGAAGAGCGGCAGCGGAGAAAACAAGCCGUUAGAUCCAUCGAUGCUACCAGAGGGCGAGCCCGAGUUGGAGAUCGAGAGCUUGAUCAUACCCGCCGUUGAAGAGCUGCAUUCGCAGCACAUUCAGUCAGCCGCAGCAAAAAGUGGGUCGAAAUAGGGGUUGCGAUACUGAGUAAGUCAGGGGUGUCUUGAGUGAAAUGAAAUCAUGGCUGGCGUUUUGCAUAUGUAUUCGCAACGUUGAUGAUUUUGCGCCACUUAGUAAUUAUAAAUUUGAUAGAAAUCCGCAUUCCGGGUAGCCUUGCCUGGACUCACCCAUCAUUGGGCCUUGAUAUCAGCGACCUGCUUAUAUAUGAAAAUAAAAGGGGUAGGGAUCGCCUGAAGUAACCUCAGGUUACUACCUUGAAUUUUAGUGCUACCUAUUACCUUAAAGAAGCGUGCGUCAGCAUCCAACCUUUUUGGUGAUGUCCUAGACGUUGUAUCAAUAUUCCAGCCUGAUCGCUAGUCAUGUUGGCAAUCUUUCCCACCAGACAAAUGAAGAUCCACGAGGAAGCCAUCAAAUUGACAGCGAGUUACCUGCGACUCGGUUCUAUCUAGGUAAGGAGGGAAAUCUGUAAGUUGAUCAUGUAGGGAGGCAAAAUGGCCACGCAGAGCCGCAUGUCGGGUAUCAAUAAGCUAAUUCCAGGUGGUUAUAAAUAAUGUAUCGAUUUUGAAGGGAUCCCAACAUGAAUGUAUGUUGUAUCAUUAAUUCGUACCGCACUUUUGAAGACAUAUACAGUCAACUCAUAGAUUCUUUGGAUAUUCACAA